AUGCAGCCCAGGGUCCUCCACGUCGCUGCCUUCCUGGCACUUCUGGCCAUGGCCUGGGCGCAGGAGCCCGUCGAGGCCGAGGACGCCUCCAUUCUGGGUGUCGUACAGGACUACAUGCACCAGGCUGCCAAGACUGCCCAGGAUGCACUGACCACCGUGCAGGAGUCCCAGAUAACCCAGCAGGCCAAGGGCUGGAUGACAGAACGCUUCACCUCUCUGAAAGACUAUUGGAGCACAUUGAAGGACAAGUUCUCUGGGUUCUGGGAUUCAACUCAGGAGGCCAUGCCAACUCUGAUUCCUGAAUUCAUAUGA